CUCACAUUCUCCUGCUCACCCAGCCUCGGCGCAACAUCCCACGGAUACAAGCCUUCGACACCGCACCGGGACUCGCAGCGCUACCUCCUGCCUCUGCAACCCAACCAGAGCUCGCCUGGACCCGGCUGGAGCUCCACCGAACCUCCGCUAAACUCACAUCACAUCCCUCGACCGUAGAAGGCUUGUACUAUUUCACCAGAAAUCACUUAUAACCACACUCAAACAGCACUUAAAGACGUUCUCUCCGUCCGUAUACAUUUAUAUAUAUUGGCGACAUCCUUGAUUAUAACUUUUUUAAGAAAUUGAGUGGAUCUUUCUUGGGGCGAAGAUUUUUUUAACCUGUAACAAACAACCUGGAAAACUAAAAAAGACUUGUUGCACUUUAUGUGAUCUUUAUGAGGGAAAAAUUCUGAAACACUUAUUUUGAAAAACCAUCUGCAAUUAAGGGAUCAAAUAUUUUUGCCUGGAUUUUAGGUUGCUGGACUUUCUUCGUGAUGACUCCGGUCUGCUUCCUGCGUUCGCUUCUCGUCCUGAUCUUGGCUCUGUUUACGGCAAAUGCUAGUAACUGGCUGUAUCUGGCCAAGCUGUCGUCGAUCGCCAGCAUUCAGGAUGAGGAGACGUGCGAGAGGUUGAAGGGCUUGAUAAACCGACAGAUCCAGAUCUGCAAGCGCAAUGUGGAGGUGAUGGACUCGGUGCGGAGAGGAGCGGAGCUGGCGAUAGAAGAGUGUCAGCAUCAGUUUAGAAACCGCCGCUGGAACUGCUCAACUGUCGACACACUGCCUGUAUUCGGCAAAGUGGUCACACAAGGAACCCGAGAAGCAGCUUUUGUUUACGCAAUCUCAUCUGCUGGAGUGGCCUUUGCAGUUACUCGCGCCUGCAGCAGUGGAGAGCUGGAAAAGUGUGGUUGUGAUCGCACAGUCCAUGGAGUAAGCCCUGAUGGGUUCCAGUGGUCAGGCUGCUCAGAUAAUAUUGCAUAUGGCGUUGCCUUUUCCCAAUCUUUUGUGGACGUAAGGGAAAGAAGCAAAGGCGCUUCCUCUAGCAGGCCAUUAAUGAAUCUGCAUAACAAUGAGGCAGGAAGGAAGGCCAUUUUGAACAACAUGAGGGUGGAAUGUAAAUGUCAUGGGGUUUCUGGAUCGUGCGAAGUGAAGACUUGCUGGAAAGCCAUGCCUCCAUUCAGGAAAGUAGGCAAUGUGCUGAAGGAGAAAUUUGAUGGAGCCACAGAAGUUGAACAAAGGAAAGUCGGUUCCACAAAAGUCUUGGUGCCCAAGAAUUCACAGUUCAAGCCCCACACGGACGAGGACCUCGUAUACCUCGACUCAAGCCCAGAUUUCUGUGAUCAUGACAUUAGAAAUGGGGUCCUCGGAACCUCUGGGCGGCAGUGCAAUAAGACGUCCAAGGCGAUUGACGGUUGCGAGCUCAUGUGUUGCGGUCGCAGCUUCAACACGGAGGAGGUGGAGAUCGUGGAAAGGUGCAGUUGUAAAUUCCACUGGUGCUGCUUCGUCAAGUGCAAGCAGUGCCGCAAAGUGGUGGAGAUGCACACAUGUCGGUGAUGAGGCCUGUCCAGGUCAGCCCAGGCAAACCCAGGUCAAUGCCCGUCACUACGGGGAACUAGAACACUCCAGCAAUUCCAAGAAGACAGAUAGAGAGAAAACAUUAUUUAAAAUGUCCCAAAGGAUCCUUGUUUUAUUAUUUUUAUUUAUUGCUGACUAACAAAGAUCUGGAGGUACUACUCCAUGGACUGCUACUGCUCCGGUUGAACUUACCUCUCUGUUACUGAUGCUGCUUAAGUGGAACAAGGGGGCGAAAGAUGGUCUGGUUUGACACUGGUAUUGUUGCGCAGGCCUUUUCUGGUAUUGAUACCUCUUCAGUUGUACACUGCUCUCUUACAGACAUAUCUGGUUUAGAACUCACAUCAGUAUCUCUCCAAUUCUACAUUAAUUCCUGCUGUUCUCUGAUCAUACAAAAGUUACCCUUACCUCCAGCUGCCAGCAGCCCUUUCCGAUGAUCAUCCAGUCCAGGCAAUCUGGCUUGUACUGAAACAUCUCCAUCCAUUCAACAGCCUUGUGAUUGUCUGCCAUUACAUAAAGACGCCUCUCACAGUGCUCCAGUGGUCUCUGGAUAACUCAAUAUAUCAAUACCUCCAAAUUGCGUACAUUCCAAACUUGUCAUUACAAGCUUUCACACAGCUCCCCGACAGCUUGCAGUGACUGGCAUUUAAUGACUUCCCCCACAAUACAAGUGCGCGUGUGCGUGAUUUAUUUUGUAACAGAGAACACAGCACUAUACCGUCAAUAAAUAAUUUAGAUGGUACCAAUUGUAACAUAAUGUAUAGAGUCGGUGAAACAGAAAAAGACCAAAUACAGAGAAAAACCCUUUAUGGGCUGAAUAUGCACGCUGGACAGACUAACAGAAUGUAUUAUAACAGUAUUCUGAAUAUUUCAGUUACAAAGAGACUAUGUCAAGGUGAAAUGAAUCCUAGAAGAUUCUAUCUCAAAUAAUGCUUCUAGUACGAUGUAAUGCACAGUACAGUUUAGCCUGUACAAAUGAUCCUAGUGUUCAUGUAUUGUUGACCAUGUUAUCUGGACAGAAAUUUGUGCUACAAAUGUUAAAGAUCUAGAAUCCUAACUCUGAUCUUUUGCAGUUGUUCUUGUGCUGGAGUUAAAUUCUUCUUUCUUUUUUAUAUACAUGCGCAUCACUUCAAACCAUGUAAAAACUAACACCCGUAGGGACUGUGUGCUGCCAGGGAUUAGACAUUGAGCUAGGUCUAAAUUCAGUCCGGGUUAACUGCUGACUGAAAUUGUAACAUAUGAAUUUGGGCACUCUCAACCAAGUUACUAGUGAGCAUGGACCUACAGCACAAAACUCCCCCAGUUGGCACAAGCUUGCAUCAAAUUGGCACUAUUUCUCAAAGACCACAGGUUGGCUGAUGAGGAAAUAGAAAACCCCCGAGGUAGUUCCUCAGCCUGAUUACAGGGCAGAGUUGGGAACUUCACUCUGCAUCUAAUGGCUAUGUUUCCUGAAAGAGCUUAAAGCUGACACUCAAUACUUCAAAUGGAAAAGUGUACUAUUCCCUAUUUAUAACAUCCCUAACCUUGAAGACUGCCCAGUGGAUGGGUCAGGCUAGUAAAAUCAUCAAUGUGCUGAUUCCAAUGCUGCUAUCUUGAACUGUGGUAUUUUUUUUCAAGAUUCCAGUACGUUAUUUCGUAAAAUAUAGGCUGCUCUUUAAUGUUAAUCGUAUAUUAGCUCGUCUUACAUUUCCAAUGUUUUUUUGCAACAACAAAAGAAUUGUUCCUCAGAGUUAGGUGUAAUUUUGUGUGUGUACUACAAAUGAACAGGCAUCUUUUAUUUAACAACAAUGAACAAGAAUGGGAUG